AUGGAGUUGCCGCAGAGAAUGGAGAUUGAUGAUGGUCAAUGUUUAAAGGAUAUUGACUGUGUCAUCUGUCUUGAACAACUUGUUUUGGAGGUGGUCAGUACUAAGAAACUUAUCAACAUGGCCAAGAGAUGGCAGAACUUUGCAGCCAAGCAGAGGAAGAGGAUUUCAUUUCUAUUGAAAAGAAAGAAAGCAAGUACAUCCUCAUCCUCUAGAGUUGCAAAGGGUCAUUUUGUGAUAUAUACAGCUGAUCAAGCACGGUUUAUCAUUCCGUUGGCUUACCCUGAAACGAGGCCAUUGCACAACUUUCAAACAAGUCUGAAGAAAGAGUUUGGGCUGGCCAUAUUACAUUACCCUGUGAUUCAGGCUUCAUGAACUGCAUCAUUUCACUAAUCAAGAAAGGUGUA